AUGGCUUCGACUUUUGUUAGAAGUUCUGAGCCGGGGCGGCGGCGGCAGCUCGAUGGGGGAAAGCAGUUGGACGGUUCAUUCUUGCAAAGGAGAUUACUUUUCUUGCACUAUAAAUAUCCGUUUAAAAUUGCGGAGAAUUAUCAAUUCACAUUCACAGCAAACAAGUUCAUCGUGUUGAGUUCAUCAAUGGCGUCGACUUUUGUUAGAAGGCUCCAAGGCAAGGUUGCACUAAUCACCGGUGCUGCUAAUGGAAUUGGCGAGUCAACCGCAAGACUAUUCACCAAACAUGGUGCUAAAGUUAUGAUUGCUGACAUCAAUGAUGAAUUGGGAGAGAAGGUAUGCAAGGAAUUGGGACCAUCAUCAGCCUCUUUUGUCCACUGUGAUAUAACUAAUGAAUCCGAUGUAGAAACAGCAGUUAACACAGCAGUUGCCAAAUUCGGGAAAUUAGAUAUACUGCACAAUAAUGCUGGUAUAGGAGGGAAAGCAAAUCCAAGCAUUCUUGAAAUCGAAAAAUCAGAGUUCGAAAAGAUUAUUAAUGUGAACCUCGUAGGUGCAUUCUUGGGUGCUAAACACGCUGCUCGAGUAAUGAUCCCAAAUCGCAGUGGGAAUAUUAUCACAACAGCGAGUACUUGUUCGAAGAUAGGCGGUGGCUCUUCACACAAUUAUGUAAGUUCAAAACAUGGGGUGGUAGGACUCACGAAGAACAUGGCUGUGGAGCUUGGAAAGUAUGGCAUUCGCGUAAACUGCGUGUCACCACACGUAGUUCCUACACGUCAAUCAAAGGAAUUCUACAAAAUGGAUGAUGAGGGAUGCCGUAGCAUAUAUUCCAUCCUUAAAGGUGUUUAUCUUAACCCAGAGGAUGUGGCUGAAGCUGUUCUGUUCUUGGCAAGCGAUGAGUCAAAGUUUGUGACUGGACACAACCUUUUUGUUGAUGGAGGCAUCACAAUUGCAAAUUCCAAGUUUUGCAUGUUUGAAUAA